AUGAGAAAAUCGCAAACCUCAAACAAGGUGAAAGACAGUAUGCUGAAGGAGUGGUACACUGGAACUUAUAAAAAAAUCGCAAGAAUCAAGCGAACCGAUAUGGGUGCAGAUGGGCUUGAGGAUAUUUUGACUGAGUUUCCUCCAGUGUUUGAGUUUGUCAAAUCACUUUGCAGAGCUAUACAAGACAUUCUUUUCCUGUACAGGAACAGAGGCAUUAUUGUUGACACCCCGCAAGACCUGAAGCAUUUAUAUAAUCCUGUUAUCAAGGCAUAUGAUGAUGUGAUCACCAAAAUCAAAUCUUGAGUGUGAUG